AUGGACUUUAAAGUAUCUCCAUUGACAAAGAUCAUCUCACUUUCGGGUUUCCUUGCACUAGGUUUCCUCUUGGUCAUCCUAAGUUGUGCCCUUUUCCACAAUUAUUAUCCACUAUUUGAUAUUCUAGUCUUCCUGUUAGCACCACUCCCUAAUGCACUAUUCAGCAAAUCGAGCACAGAUAGUGCAAACUUUAUGUCUGAUACCGUGAGCAAUACACAGGAUACCGGUUCCUUCCUUACGGGUGUGUUUGUAACGAGUGGUCUGGCUCUACCGCUCGUAUUUUACCAUUGUCAACUGAUUGGAUCAUUGAGCUGCAUCAUGAGCACACUAGGUGGGCUGAUCAUUUACUCUAGUAUAGUCGUCUUUUCGUGGUUCUUUCACUCUAGUUGGGAACAAGAAGAGGACACCCUAUUUGGGUAA